GAAGGAGCCUCGCCAGCCCCGCGGGGUCGCCUCCCGCACGGGGCCGGGGCCGGGGCGGGGCGGAGCGGGAGCGGGAGCGGGAGCGGGAGCCGGAGCGGGAGCCGGAGCCGGAGCCGGAGCCGGAGCGGGAGCCGGAGCGGAGCGGGAGCCCGAGUCUCGGCGCUGCCCCGCGGGUGGAGGCGCCCGCUCGCCGGCGGUCCGCGGCGCAGAGGCGGGACGUGCGGCGCCCCCUCCCGUCCCCUCCCGUCCCCUCCCCUCCCCUCCCCUCCCCUCCCCUCCCCGCUCUCCCCCUCCCCUCCCCCCCCUCCCGGCGGGCGCGGGCGCGGGCGCGGGCGCGGGCGCGGGCAGCAUGGGCCGGCGCGGGGCGCUGCUCUGCCUCCUCCCGCUGCUGCGCGCCGCCGAGCGCCCCGAGGGCCGGGCCGACGAGCCGGGCCUGGAGGCGGCCCUGGCGGGGCCCAACGCCUCGCACUUCUUCUGGAGCAACUACAGCUUCUCCGACUGGCAGAACUUCGUGGGCCGGAGGCGCUACGGCGCCGAGUCGCAGAACCCCACGGUGAAAGCCCUGCUCGUCGUGGCUUACUCCUUCAUCAUCGUCUUCUCGCUCUUCGGCAACGUCCUGGUCUGUCAUGUCAUCUUCAAGAACCAGCGGAUGCGCUCGGCCACCAGCCUCUUCAUCGUCAACCUGGCGGUGGCCGACAUCCUCAUCACGCUCCUCAACACGCCCUUCACCCUGGUCCGCUUUGUGAACAGCACGUGGGUAUUUGGGAAAGGCAUGUGCCACGUCAGCCGCUUUGCCCAGUACUGCUCCCUGCACGUCUCAGCACUGACGUUGACGGCCAUUGCUGUUGACCGCCACCAGGUCAUCAUGCACCCAUUAAAACCCCGGAUCUCGAUCACAAAAGGUGUCAUCUACAUCACGGUCAUCUGGACCAUGGCUACGUUCUUUUCACUUCCCCACGCCAUCUGCCAGAAAUUGUUUACCUUCAAGUACAGUGAGGACAUUGUCCGCUCACUAUGCCUGCCAGACUUCCCUGAGCCAGCUGACCUCUUCUGGAAGUACCUGGACUUGGCCACCUUCAUCCUGCUUUACAUCUUACCCCUCCUCAUCAUCUCUGUGGCCUAUGCCCGAGUGGCCAAGAAGCUGUGGUUGUGCAACACGAUUGGCGACGUGACCACUGAGCAGUACCUGGCUCUACGGCGUAAGAAGAAGAAGACCAUCAAGAUGCUGAUGCUGGUGGUGGUCCUCUUUGCCCUCUGCUGGUUUCCCCUCAACUGCUAUGUCCUCCUCCUGUCCAGCAAGGUCAUCCACACCAACAAUGCCCUCUACUUCGCCUUCCACUGGUUUGCCAUGAGCAGCACUUGCUACAACCCUUUCAUCUACUGCUGGCUCAACGAGAAUUUCAGGAUUGAGCUGAAGGCAUUACUGAGCAUGUGCCAAAGACUCCCAAAGCCCCAGGAAGAAAGGCCCCCCUCUCCAGUGCCUUCCUUCAGGGUGGCUUGGACAGAGAAGAGCAAUGGGCGGAGGGUUCCCCCAGCCAACAACCUCCUGCUUUCCUCCCAUCUCCACUCUGGGAAGACAGACCUGUCUUCUGUGGAGCCCAUUGUAGCCAUGAGUUAGGUGGGAGUGGGGGUGGGAAGAGGCAGGAGGAGAGCUCUGUCUCCAGGACCUGAGGACAGAGCCUGCAAGAAAGCCUGUUCUCUGACACAUGACCUUUACAGGGCUGAAAACAAGGUCCUGCAGAAGCCACAGGACCCUUGAUUUCCUAGGAAACGCUAUCUAGCUUUCUACCCCAUUUGAUGUGAAAACUACAAGACAGCUACCAAUUAGACACGUGUUUAUGAAUUC